GUUUUGUGCUUUAUCUUCCAUCACAGUUAUAUUGUUACAUGGUAAAUUGCAUAUAGAUUAAAGAAGCAGCCGCAGUGCUUUGUGUGUUGUAACCUCAUGUAGAAUAUCUGUAGUAGGGGUGUCUGAACAACGGGCCCUUUUGGGGGAAAGCAGCCCAUGUUGCGGGUCGGGGCGCAGACUAAAAGCAACAUGGAGCUGACGCACAAUGCUUGGCCGCAGCCAGCACUGCUAUCCUGGCCAUUGUGAACCGAGCAGAACAAUGGGCCGACGUGUUUGUCUAACAGCCGGGCCUUUCAUCAGGGGGUCGCAGCACCUGGCCGCGCGCCCCUCUCCACAGCUGUGGCAGUAAACAACGGGCCAGGUCCCUCUCCCGCAACGCUGAGUGGCCUUCACAGCAGGUCCCCAUUUACCCCGUGGACAUCAAAAGUCUGCUUUUGAUUGUGUUACUUUCUCUCCAUCUCUUUGUAUCGUUCCACUCUUCUUUGGUUUUGUCAUUGUAACACAUUUCUUGGACACCAUACAUUAUACAUCUAAUACAUUGUGUCUAUUUAUACUUUAUACAUUUUUGUGAAGUUUAGCUUCUGAUCUUCCUUCACAUACAAACGCACGUGCACACACACACACACACACACACACACACACACACACACACACACACACACACACACACACACACACACACACACACACACACACACACACACACACACACACACACACACACACACACACACACACACACACCUCUCCACAGUUGUCUGAAUCAGAGACAUGAGCCAGUUCUCCAAUCUCAGUGUUCCUGCUCUCUGGGACAAGUUGUUGGCCUUCCACCAACCCAUUGCCAGCUCGCCACCAGCAGUGCACCGUUGCACAUUGGGCCCUAGCUUCCCCAGGGACACUCCUCCAACUGUCAGGAGACCACCCCCGUGCCCCUCCCUGAGAGACCAAAGAUUAGUGGCGAGGAUAUGGCACAACACUCUCUCUGUCUGUUUCUCUAUCUCCCUCUACCCCCCCUACCCACUCCCUGCUUCCCUGUAUCCCACGCAACAGAGGCACCGGUGAGGCGAUGCCUCUGACGUCAACAAUGUCCCCUUCACCCUGACUUGGCUCAGUACCAACACUUAAAAGCCAACCACUUAACAGAGCAUUGGCAGGUUUAGCAUAAUGGCACCUUGUGUGAAGAGAAACAUCUCGCAGGGAGUACACAAACACUGCUUUGUUUGUGUUGCAUUUGACUGUUGCAAAAACCCAUAUUACUGGACACUAACACCCAACCCUCCAGGAUAAGAACGAUCAUUUAUACGCCGGCAAUACAAUCACAUUGACUUUGAUCGUGGGUACAUCUGUGAAGUACACACUUUUCUGUCCGUCGAAACGACAGGCACAAGGCACAUGUAUAUAUAUCAGAACAAUGAAGACGGGGUUUCUCAGCAUUAUGUUUGUAUCAAAUGAUAUGAGUGUGAGUAUUUAUUUGAGUAAGAGAGAGAAAAAAAAAAGCAGCGCUUGUUGGUGCCCCUGAAGCAGACGAGGUGGUUAGGAGUCUAAAAUGGUGUGAAGGUCUAAUGCGUUCGUGGGUUUUUAUAUUUCGUCAGCUACAUUUAACCUGUCUAUGUAUACUCCUUAUAACCCCGACUCCACAUACUGGGAGUAUGGCGCCAAAACACGCUGUGCACAAAUGUACAUAGUCAGCAGCAUACUCACUCACUCACCGACUCACUCACUCACUCACUCACUCACUCACUCACUCACUCACUCACUCACUCACUCACUCACUCACUCACUCACUCACUCACUCACUCACUCACUCACUCACACAUUCAUAUGCACACAUACACACGCCAUCACUAGUUAUAAUUUUGGAGUGGAGCUUGUGUUGAUGGCCUCUGUGGCCACGCAUUGCGUUAACCCGCUCAAUGCAUUACUCUUUUAGUCUUAAACAACUGGCCGGCUGGAGAACAUCAGAGGAUUAAGACUCUGAGCUUAAGUGAAAAACAUUGUUGGGUGACGUCAUUCAAUAUCCACACAUGUUGCCAUUGCAAUCUUCAAACCAAUCCUAUCAUGGAAGGUACAUACAUUCAUUAGCAAAACAAUUUAAUUGAAACACAAUUGAUAGCAAAUAACAAUAGCAUAACUGUUUAAUGGUAUAACUGUCAUUUGGUUGUAGGUUUCAACUGAUUGAAGACCUAUCCUAUGAAGAUGUGAAGAAAUGCUACCGGGGCUCGUGUGUGUCUUGCAGCGGGGUGCUCCAGGCCUUCGAUGUGCGCGAGUGUGCCCACGUGUACGGGGCCAACGUGCUGAGCCUGGUGCAGAGCUCGCGGCCGCUGCGGGACAGGGUAGCGGCUGUGGCCGGCGGGAGCAGCAGAGGUUCCGGCGCUGGCGGAGAUACUGGUGGUGGUGGUGGUGGUGUUGUUGGGGCUGGUGCGGUGCAGGCCGGCGGCACAGCCAAGGAGCUGCUCAUGACUCUGCCCUGUCCCUCUGCACAGACUGUCAGCAAGUACAACUCCCAGUACCACAAGCUGUUCCAGUGCGUGCCCAAGGACGAGAUCCUCAUGAAAGAGACAUCCUGCUGCAAGGCAGACUGUACAUAUCCAGGAACUGGCUGUGUUUCUAUGCCAACCUCUUCGGCAAGGACAUCAAGGUAGCCAUCCCUGUGGUCUCUGUGAGACUGGUGAAGAAGCACAGGACAGCUGGUCUGGUUCCCAACGGUCUGGCCAUCACCACAGACACCAGCCAGAAGUACGUGUUUGUCUCGCUGCUGUCCAGAGACAGCGUCUACGACGUGCUACGGCGGAUAUGCACCCAUCUGCAGGUGAAUGGAAAGAGUCUGAGCCUGAAGCAAUACAUGGAGGAACCUGUUCUGUCUCUGCUAACUAAACCCCCGAUGAUGUCGUGGCGGCAGGAUGAGUUCCCGGCAGUGGAUGAGUUCCCGGCAGUUUUGAAGUGGCGCCGGAAGCCCUCGGUGGUGUCCGUGACCUCCACCCUGCCGGACCUCCUGGGGAACUCCACCAGCAGCCUGAGCACUGGGGACCCAGCCUUCCAGAAGGCUGUGCCGCUGGACGGUGAGCAACCACCAGAAGGAGCCCUGCAGACGGAGAGAGGUCUUCUAUCUGAGCCAACGGGCGAGUUGGGCCAGAUGGAAUACCAGCUGCUCAAGUUCUUCACCCUGCUCAUCAUCCUGCUCAUCCUGUCUUCCUGCUACCUGGCGUUCCGUGUGUGUAGUCUGGAACAGCAGUUGUCCUUCCUCAGCAACCCCACGAUACCGCUCCGAGAGUGGUAACUGCUGCUUCAGCCUGGGACACUUGCCCGCUGUCAGGGGGAUGUCUAUCCUAACGGGACCAAGAACAAUUUACUACUGCUCAGCACAGUGCAAAGUAAAUGUAGCCCAAUAACAUUACUAACCCUGGAAAAGGCAUUGGUAGAUAUAUCCUCUAAUUCUACACUGGACAAUGGAUCCUACUCUCCCAUCAUUAUUUCCUCACUAUGCAAACUGCCUAUUUUUUUUUUUUUUUGGAAUACUGUAUGUGUACAGUAAUUUGUUAUAAAUCCGGUCUUCUCAUUUCUGUUGGUCUUAUUUUUUUGAAAAUGGAAACACAGGAAACUGGACACCUGUAUGAGAUGUGAAUUAAUGUAAUUUCACAAUGCAAAAGGAGGAUGUCACUAGCUUUGAUUCAUCCAUGAGUCAAUGCUGGAUACUUGUGACUGAUGGACACUGCAGAUGCAUUGCAGGGUGGGAAGAGUUUAAAGGGACAUUCAUUUCAACAUUCUCUUUGGCCCAUUUUUCAAGAUUGUUACAUUAAGGCUGAAUUGGGAGACGCUAGGGGGCAGUGAUGGAGGAAUAACCGUGUAUAGUCUUUGUUAGCUUAUUUUGUCCAGAAGUGAUGUUCUUUGUAACAUUCAUUGUAGAUGCAAGUUUGUGUUAGUUUUUAAAUUAUGUAACGGUUGAAGACACCAACAUCAAUGCACUUUUGGAGGGGAUGUCCAUUGUUUUCAAAUGUAUGUUCAUGUUGUUAGUUUAUGAGACUACAUUUAUCUAUAAUUUUUUUUGCUUGAUUCUAGGUACUGUUUGGUCCUAACAAAGGCUAUUAUGAAAGGUCAAAGGUAAUUAUGAAAGGUUGUGGUUAGGCCACAGAUACUUGACAAUGAUUGGUGACAUUUCAUUGAACUGUGACACAAUCAACACCACUGGCGUUUGUGUUUCUUGAUGUGAAUGACGUGGCGAUGCUUGUCAACAGAUAAAUAUAUUUUAUUAUGAGAUGUCUAUUUUUAUCAUGCUAAUGUAGUAUCACUGUAAUUUGUGUCACUUGGUAUUUCAAAGGUUGCACAGAAGACUAAUCUAGGAAACUGUCCUCGUCCAUUUCAAUUUCAUAUUUUGUUUGCAAAGAAUACAGAAAUUCAAAACAAUGUAUUUUCUUUCUUCUUAACUUUUUUUUGUGUUUUGAGUCAAUGUUGUGCCAAUUUCGAUGAGGCUUAUUUAUUAGAUGUAUAUUAUCUUUCUCACAACAGAACUAGUCAUGGUGCUUGCUCAGUGCCCCCGCAAACAACAAAUAACAACAAACCCUAGAAUGUUGGCCAACUCUGUUUGAGUUGUUCGCCAACAGCCAACCAAAAUGGCCCUCUGGCAUGAUGUUUUUGGCGUUUGUGCGGUUAGUGUGCAAGUACCUUUUUAGAGUGGAUGCUAUAUGGACAAUAUGUAUUAAUGCACAUCAGGGUUAAUUAUAAGUUAGUUAUUACUUUGUUUCUAAUCAAUGUUCAAGAAUGUUGUAGGUAUUGAAUGGAAUUGGAAAGAAGUCACCUGGUUACAGACUACAGCUGUUUUGCUAUUUCAAAAGGCUUCAUGGAUACACAGUGCAAUUAGUCUAACUUAUUAAACUGACUGAGUGUUGUUUCUAGUAAAAUAAAUCAAAACUUUUGGAAAAA